AUGUCGGCCGACCAGACCAAUACAAAAGAAGAAAAAGACGACAAAGCAUACGAGCAGCGACACGUGCACGACGUGUACCAGCAAAUCGCAAGCCACUUUUCCUCAACGCGCUACAAGCCGUGGCCGAUCGUCGAACGAUUCCUACAAAGCCAGCUCCCGGGCUCAAUCGGACUAGACGUGGGCUGCGGAAAUGGCAAGUAUCUGACCGUGAACCGCGAUGUUUUUAUCAUUGCAUCGGAUAGGUCUGACGCGCUGGCCAGAAUCGCAGCCCAGCAUCAUCCACACUCGACCGUCGUGGCGGAUAUCCUGAGCCUGCCGCAUCCCGAUGCGGUCUUUGACUUUGCGAUUUCCGUGGCUGUUGUGCACCAUUUGUCCACCGCGGAGCGCAGGGUGCAGGCUGUAAGAGCUAUUUUGCAGUGUCUUGCACCGGAAAGCAGCAACCCCCCAAAAGAGGGAGGGACGGCGCUGAUAUAUGUCUGGGCGCUGGAACAAAAGGCAAGCCGGCGCGGCUGGGACAAGGGCGAUCAGCAGGAUGUCAUGGUUCCAUGGGUCCUGCGCAGCAACAGACCGGCUGCUGCUGCUGCUGCUGACACACCCGAGCAGGUGUUUCAUCGAUACUACCAUCUGUACCAAGAAGGCGAACUCGAGAGGGACAUUUGCGCGGCGGGUGGCCGCGUGGUGGAAUCGGGUUAUGAAAAGGACAACUGGUGGGCCAUAGCCACCCGUCCCGAGUCUUUUUCGGAGUAA